AUGUCGCUCCACGACAGACCGAGUCGUCAAGAUGAUGUUCAUCGCCAAGUUGGUGGCAGCGGUGAUCCUCGUCUACAUUUCAAACAUUCUCCAAAUCGAACUGAAGCAAGAGAUCGUGCAAGAAGUCAUAGUGGAGGCCGUACACCAAUUCAUCAUACUGCACACAAACCAGGAGAAUACGCUCAUUAUCAUCCGGCCAAUAAAGAUGGAGAAAUAUUGAAGGAUGGAAGUCAUUAUCAGUAUGGACAAAAGAAAACAGAAUUACAAAAACAAGGAGAACCUGGAUGGAAGAAAAAAUAA